UGUCAUUACAUGGUGAUUGUAUACGUCAUUCCUCAUUUUGUACGAAAAUGAAAAUAACAUGCUUUCUUUGGUAUAUAAAUACAACGUAUUAAUAAUGAAGUUUUAAUUUCCCCAUUCUAUUGUGGAAAUUAACACUUUCCCAUAUUAAACACACUGUGUCAUAAAAAAUGCAAGUUUCGAGUGCAAGGCCCCGGAUACUACAAUGAUUCACAAUAGCACAAUUGUGUUCAAAUGAUGGAUAUCCACGCAAAGCUUUCAACAAUGAAUCAAGCAAUACAUGAUUUGAAACAGACACAACUGAAAAUAUUGGAUAAAAUCUACACCAACAGUGGAGACGCGGUCAACAAUCAGGAUAAAAUGCAUUUUGAGAAACUGGAAGUUAUAUUAACGGUGCUGGAAGACAAAUACGGAAAACAUAAUAGUGCAUUGAAAGAAGUCAAGAACAAGGUGGUUACAUUGCUCGAACAUGUUGGACAGCUUACAACUGACAUUAAAAAACUUCAACUUUAUACAUUUAACACUAAGUCACGUGAUGUUAAAUUAGUGAAAACAACCGGUCAUGGGGACAGUUUACGAAACACAACUGUAUUAAAACCUAUCAAGCAAUGUACAGUUAUAGAAAAUUCGCCGAAGAUUAUUGAAGACAUCGAAGAUCUUUCAGAUGAUGGCGUUUCCAUCGAGUCUACAGAAUCUACAAAUAUUCAUUUUAAAUGUGGAAUUUCUAGUCACACUUCAGCUGUGGAUGCUCAACCUUUUGGUAGAAAAAAUGAGUUUGAAGUCAAAGAGAACCCUUCAUUGGAUAAAGUACAAACAAAUAGAACUAACAAUUCAGACAACACAGACAAAUUGUCUUCCGAGGAAACACAACUAGAUGAGAAUAUAAAUGAUUCAGAUAUCAAAGAAAAGAGAAAUGUUUCACUGAGUACAGACUUGUCACUUCAGCGUUUACAAAGCGAUGACUCUAUUCAAAUUAAUAUAAACAGGAUCCCAAAUCAACAUUUUGCGGACAAGACAGGUUCAACUGACACCAAAAGAAGAUGUGGAACCGAGUCUGAAGAUGCAGGUUUAACUAGGCAUGUGAAAAUAGUAUGCAAAAAUGAUUUUGGAUAUAAACAAAAACGUUCAGAAAUGAGUUCUGAUAAUCGUGUUGCUUAUCAUAGCAAGGAUAUAUGCUUUCAAGGAAAUAGUGUCAAGUCGGACCUACAGCUUCCAACAGAACUUAUUCCAACUUCUAAUAUCAAAGUUAAAAGUUCUUUAGCGGAAAGGAAGCCAAAUAUGAAUGAACUACCACCAAUGAGUAAACUGCACGAAUUCGAAUUCGUUGAAGACCAAGUAUAUGGAUUAAAUCCAGAUAACAUCAGCCAACCGCAAAACAUAAGAGAGUGGUAUGCAUAUUCUGAGCAACUAAGAAUAAACUCAUUAGUUAAGCUUCAGUCUGGAAAAAUACAACGUGGAAGCCACGGACAUGAUAUUACCUUGGUGUUAGAUUGUUCUGGACGAAUGCGAGGCAAAAAAUUUACUACAAUGAUCGAAGCAGCAAAAAAGUAUGUUAAUGGCAUUAAACAAGUUAGAAUGACAAGAUGGUUAGAAGAUAACAUUGGCCUGGCUGUUUUUGGUGGGAAAUCUGGAUUAAUUGUCGAAUCAACAUCUAAUUAUGACCUAGUCUUGGAGCAAAUUAGUCAGCUGCGACCUGAAGGAGAAGCGCCAUUAGUUGGAGGAUUUCUAAUGGGACUUGCUGGUGUACUUGGAGCUGGUGCUACAUCACAGAUAUUGGAAACUGAAGUUCCUGGAUAUAUGAUAGUCUUUACUGAUGAAAUGUCUGGAAAUACUUCCACAGACAAGGAGAAAGAAUUUGGCAUUGAUCCAUCAUAUUUAACAGGAAAUUUUCAUAAGCAAGCCGAAAUGAGUGGUACAAUAUUACAGAUAGCAAGCCAUUCAAUCAAAAUCUUUUAUGUACCAAUUGGAGAAAAUACACGAAACGAAGUAAUGGAAACGGCAGUACGUGAGACUAAAGGUAAAAUAAUCCAUUUGAAUGAACUCCAUCGACUAGUCAAAUUGACCCAAGUACUGAUAUUAGCAGCACAAGUAGCGUCUGAUUUAAGACACACCAAUCCUAAUCCAACCGCUGAAGAUGUCAGAUUACGAAUAUUUCAAAGAACAUCAAAUCCAGACAAUGCAAAUGAUGACUGUGUUGAUUUAGUUUUGGAGUUUGUUAAACCAAUGUGUACUGAUAGAAAUAGAGGUUUAUAUAAUGAACUGGUGUGUCUAACACUACAACUUGGAGACCGAGUACGACGUGGUCAGGAUUGGAGGUUUCAGGAACAGGAUUCUGGUCUUGUAGGAACAGUUGUUGGACAAGAACCAGGCAGUAAAGCGGUUUGGGUAGAAUGGGAUAGUGGUCAUUUAAACGUAUAUAUCUACGACGAACUAAACCAUAUUUAUAGUAUUAAAAAAGUACAUGAACCCAGAGUGUUAUUUGAUGAAAUGGUUGCCGUUGGAUGUAAAGUGACAAGAGGAAAUGAUUGGACAUUUGACAAUGCAGAUGGUGGACCUGGGGCAAUUGGGACUGUACUUAAAGUAAAACAGGAUGGAUCUGUUGUUGUUCGCUGGCACUGUAGGAAUACUGGCAAAUAUAAAAUGGGAAUGAAUGGAUUAUUCGAAAUUCAAAUAUGUAACGAUUCGUCUACUAGUGAACACACAUAUAGCACAGAUAAAACCACCAACAAAUACCAAAGUGCUGAUUUUACUUUUGAGCAUGUUGAUACUGGUCAUCUGAAGAAUACAAGUACAGCUCAUACCGAGCAGAGAAAUGCACAGGAACAAGAACAUUAUGAUGAAUAUGUUCUGAAUGUUAAUGAUGAAAGUGUUAAUGUUUCUUGGGAACAUGAAGAUGGAAUUGAAUGGAAAAGAUAUGCAAAAAACCUGAAUGGAAGAAUUGAAAAAGCUUACCAGCGCAAUAAAGUGGGAAACCCUAUUUUACAGUUUGAAAAAGAAACAUAUGUUAUACAUUUUAAAACAAUGGUUAAAGAAAACACAAAAACAAAGAAACAAGUUAGAGUACGCAGAAAAGAUUAAAUUCAUCGAUCUUUACAAUGUCAUCAAAAUCAACUAGACAACCAUUGUAUUCCAUUGUCGUCUUUGUAGAUUACGAACAAUCAAAUAAUUUUGAUUUACAGAAAUGUUCUCAGACACACAAUAUGAUGAUAUUUAAUUUGUAACUAUGUUAUGAUUUUAAAUUGAUACUUGAAUUGGGUAAAAUUAUCUUAGAUUAACGACAUGAUUAGGUUAAAUGCGAAACAUUAAACUAAACUAAUUUUUUUUACCAAUAUUCUAAAUUCUGCCAAGAUCUCGUAAUUUUUGUUAUCCUUUUUGUAGUAAUAUAGCGGUGAAGUAUUUAUUUUCCCGGCUUUCAAUUUAUUUUAUUUAAGCGUACCUGGUGAAGGCUUAUUUAGAAAAGCGCUUCAAAUUCAUAAAGUUUUAUUAUAAUUUUACAGCUGAAUGUUGCUUACAAAUGAAUAGACUAACGACUGUGUCGUCCAGUAACUUAAACAAAUAUAAUAAAGCAAAUCUUAUUUUUAUCUUACCCACGACGAUAUAGUUAAGAGCAAUUUUGUUCAUGGUUGGGAUAACAUCUUUUAUAGCAGCCAAAACCUUGUCUUAAUCAUCUGGUAUCAAUUCAUUUUCAUUUAUGGUAUUUACUCGUAUUAUUAUGCGAAUGAACGUUACCGCCUCGUCAGAUAAUUCUUCAAAAGAAAAACGCAUUAAGAGGUUUUUCUGUGAUAAUAUCCUUCUGUAUUUAGUAAGAAAAUAUGAAAAUACGCAACGAUGUGGUGUCAGAGGUUUGAAACAAAUAUGCAGCCAUGUAUUUUCACACUAGACGUAGUCUUCUUAUCUUGCAUCAUUAUAUGAUUGAUUUUUAUAUCAAGAUGCACUAGUGUACAUGUCUUUUGAAAUCGAAAAUUUCAUUGAAAGCAGACUUUAAUAUAACGAAGAAUAUUAAUAAUUGUGAUUUAAUAGUAGUGAUUUAAUAAUUGUGAUUAAAUAGUUUUGAUCUCGAUGCAAAAGGGUUGUUUAUUGAAUAAACCUUUUGCAAUUGAUGAUUAAUUUUUACUGUAAAUUCACUUUUACCGUCCUGCGUUUCCAUUCAGAUAUUUUUUAAUUAUAAUUUGCAGAAUGUAUCAUUCAACAAAACUAAUAUCAAUUUGUAUUUUUUUUUAUCAAACUAUUAAAUUUGGAUUGACCUUCCAACUG